GCUCUUCUACAUCGGGGUUCUCCACCGUAGCGGAAAUUUCACCGUGCCGAAAAGCUUCGUUGUGCUAGAAAAUUCCGCUGUGCCGAGGCACUUAAUUACUAAGUUCUGACACAAGCGACAAACACGAACUAGACAGGAAACUACUGAAUGUUUAGUGAUUAGGAAAACUAUGUGAGAAGCCCAGUCGACAAACGUGGAUUUCUUCUACCAGAAGCCUUCGGGUUUGGGGUUUUUUUUUCUUUGCCUACUGUGAACCCUUAGACACUUCACUCUUGUGCCAUGUUCUGUGGCUCUCAACAUAAGAGGAAUUUGUCUUGAUGAAGAUUCCUAACAUUGGUAAUGUGAUGAAUAAAUUUGAGAUCCUUGGGGUUGUAGGUGAAGGAGCCUAUGGGGUUGUACUUAAAUGCAGACACAAGGAGACGCAUGAGAUUGUGGCCAUCAAGAAAUUCAAAGACAGUGAAGAAAAUGAAGAAGUCAAAGAAACCACUUUACGAGAGCUUAAAAUGCUUCGCACUUUGAAACAGGAAAACAUAGUGGAACUGAAGGAAGCCUUCAGAAGAAGAGGAAAGCUGUACUUAGUGUUCGAAUAUGUGGAAAAAAAUAUGCUUGAAUUGCUAGAAGAAAUGCCGAAUGGAGUUCCACCUGAGAAAGUAAAAAGUUAUAUCUACCAAUUAAUCAAAGCAAUUCAUUGGUGUCAUAAGAAUGAUAUUGUUCACAGAGAUAUCAAACCAGAAAAUCUCUUAAUAAGCCACAAUGAUAUUUUGAAGCUGUGUGAUUUUGGUUUUGCUCGAAAUCUCUCUGAAGGAAGCAACGCUAACUACACUGAGUAUGUGGCCACCCGAUGGUACCGAUCACCUGAACUCCUGUUGGGAGCCCCUUACGGAAAAGCUGUGGAUAUGUGGUCUGUAGGCUGCAUUCUUGGGGAGCUAAGUGAUGGGCAGCCAUUAUUUCCUGGAGAAAGUGAAAUCGACCAGCUCUUUACAAUACAGAAGGUGCUAGGACCACUCCCAUCAGAGCAGAUGAAGCUUUUCUACAGCAAUCCCCGUUUUCAUGGGCUGCGGUUCCCUGCAGUCAACCAUCCACAAUCUUUGGAAAGAAGAUACUUAGGAAUUUUAAGUAGUGUUUUGCUUGACCUUAUGAAGAACUUGCUGAAACUGGAUCCAGGAGAUAGGUAUGUGACAGAACAGUGUUUGAACCAUCCUUCAUUUCAAACCCAGAGACUCUUGGAUCGCUGUGGAAGUUCACCUUCACGGACAACUAAGAGAAAAUCCUAUCAUGGGGAGAGCAACACAUUAUCAAACAGAAAUCAAGCCAGCAAAAGUGCUGCUUUGCAGUCACAUCACAGAUCGAACAGCAAGGAUAUGCAGACUCUAGGGGUUGGACUACAAAGAGGAGAAGAGGUUCUACCAGCAAAUGAAAGCUUCAUAAAUGGAAACCUCACGGGAGCUGCACACAGUCCAAUGCAUGCAAAAAAAACAAGCAACCCACCUGGAAGUGGCAGCAAGGACCUAGCCAAUAAUAACAUCCCACAUCUUCUCAGUCCAAAGGAAGCAAAGACAAAAACAGAAUUUGAUUUUAAUGUGGACCCAAAAGCUUCUGAUGGUCCAGGUACAAAAUACCUAAAGUCAAACGCCAGAUCUCAACAGAAUCGGCACUCGUUUAUGGAAAGUUCUCAAAGCAAAACCGGCACGCUGCAACCAGGUGAAAAGCAUAGUCGCCAUAGCUAUAUUGAUACUAUUCCUCAGUCAUCCAAGAGCCCCUCAUAUCGGACAAAGUCCAAGAGUCAUGGGGUCCUGACAGACUCCAAAUCUGUGGGUAACCUUUCUGAGGCCAGAGCUCAAAUUGCAGAACCAAACAGCAGUCGGUAUUUUCCAUCAAGCUGCAUGGACUUGAACUCUCCUACCAGCCCAACUCCUCCUCGCCACGGUGAUAACAGAACUUUACUCAGCCCAUCUGGGAGGAAUAACCGAAGUGACAGUACCCUUGAUUCACGAAGACUGUCAACAAGACAUUCCAAAACCAUGGAGGAGUUGAAACUGCCAGAUCAUAUGGAUGGAAGCCAUUCACAUUCGUUAUCUGCCCCACAUGAAUCUUUUUCAUAUGGUCUAGGUUACACUAGCCCCUUUUCCUCACAGCAGCGCCCUCAUAGACACUCUAUGUAUGUGAGCCGGGACAGAGUGAGGUCAAAGGGCUCAGAGGGUGGCUUAAGCGUAGGGCAAGGGAUGGCAGCCAGAGCAAACAGCCUGCAACUGUUAUCUCCACAGGUGCAGCAUAGGUCACUCACCAGAUCUGUUGGCUCCUCACGUGAAGAUUGUACAGAAGAUACGAAUAGGCAGAGUGACCAGAUUCCACCAGAGAUGAAUCUGACAAGACCACCAGUUAAAGAUGCCUCCAGAGAUGUUACAACCUCAUUUCAUUCACGGCAAAAGUCUGAGGGUGGAACGUACCAUGAUCCACACUCAGAAGAUGGAGCAUCCACUAAAGAAAACAGAGUUCUGUAUAAUGACCCUAUUCCUAGAAGAGUUGGCAGCUUUUAUAGAGUUCCAUCUCCGCGUCCAGAGGGUACAUUCCUUGAAAAUAAUGCGUCAAACAGAGCCCCUGCAAUACCAUCAGACAGCAGCACCGUGACAAACCACUCAAAGAGACAAACCACCUUUGAUACGUGGAAAAGUCCUGAAAAUGUUAACAGUCAUUCAGAGCAACUCAAGGAGAAAGAAAAGCAAGGCUUUUUCAGGUCAAUAAAAAAGAAGAAGAAGAAAUCUCAAACUACAGAAUCCACCAACGGCGAGAAUCCAAGCAUCAAGAAAUCCCUCUUUCCUCUUUUUAAUUCAAAGAAUCAUUUAAAGCAUAGUUCUUCUUUGAAAAAGCUUCCUGUAGUCACUCUACCCAUGAUGCCAAGCAGUGAUGGUCAGGAUCUUUUGGCAUUACAAAAAGCCAUUCACUCUUCUAAUCACCAGGUCAGCCGGCAGAAGGAUUGGCAUCCUGAGAAGAUGGCAGAAAUCCAAACUCAUAGCCAACCUUUAAAAUCCCUUCGAAAGCUAUUACAUCUCUCUUCCUCUUCAAAUCAUCCUGUUCCUCCGGAGCCCCGCUUCCAGCCCUUGCCUAGUCAGCCAGCCAAAGCUACUUUUUCUGAAGUGCGAAUUCAUCCCAUGAGUCAGACUUCCAGCAGCAGCAACGUCCGGCAGGAGUCCCAGUCAAAAGGCAGACCGACACUCCAGAUACCAGGUCAAAUGGAACCAACAUGGCAUGUCUCCCCUGUGAACAGGAGCACUAACGAGGGAACACCUUAUACCGAUCAGCUGCCUUCGAAGAGUGGACAGAAUGGACACACGUAUAACCGAACAAGCCGAUCACGAAUGCCAAAUCUGAAUGAUUUAAAAGAGACGGCCUUGUAAUGGUACUCCAGAAAAUAUGCCAAUCCACGUGGAAACUUGAGUAGGGGUGUCGUGGUGGUGCUGGUGAUGGUAAGACUGCAUUUUCAGCUUUAUAAAGGUGUGCAAUAUGUACAUGUGGAGCUAGCCUGUUUGGCACCACAUUGCUAGUCAGGGAUCAUACAGUAAAACAAGUUGAAUUAUUAAUUAUCAAUCAUCAGAAAUCUCAUUCGAUGAUAGACAGAGUGUGCAAUUCAGGGAGAAGAAAUGUAUUGCCAUUUUCUCUCAUUUACAUUCCAGCUUAGUGCACAUCUCUGUUUCAAAGCUGGAGAAGUUUAGGUAUGCAUUGGCACUUAUAGGGUGAAAAAAAAUAGUGUCUAGACCUAUGCCCUUACUACAUAUUUUGCUGCCUAGUUAAAACAGUGGGGUUUAUGUGAUAUAAGUGUAUCCCUGUUAAGGGUUUAAAGUUGAAUUGUAUGUCUUAAAUUUGUUUUUUAAACUUCCAUAUUUGAUAGAAUUUGUAAUAUUUAUUUAUGAUGAACCAAUAUUGUACUGUUAUAAUCAUAUCUUUUAUGUUCCAAUGUAAAGUUAUUUUGAGCUGUUUGAAACAUUGUGAAGCAGUGCAACAGCUACAGUAGUUUCUAUUAAAAAAAACAAAAGAACUAACAGUAACAUUUAUAUAUUGCAUCAGGAGUAUUUUAUUCUAUACAUAAAUAUAUAUAAAUGGUAAAUAACUGUCUGUUUUUUAAAUAUACUCAUUUAAAAGAAAAGUAUUGUUAUGACACUAUCUGCCAUAUUUUUAUACAUUUGUGAUAUAAAGUGCAGUAUUAUACUUCUAAUAAAAGGAAGUUGAAUGUGGAUAUGUGUGACUGUAACAGUAUGACUCUUGCUCCGCUAUUAGAGCGCAGUAUUAUAGGCAUUAUUGUCGGUAGCAAACAAAAUAGAACACUCAGUUCCAAAUUUUAUUAUAGGCUACUUGUUGGACGUAAUGGCUAGAUGUAAGAGACUACAGAACUAUACAGUAAUCUAAAUGCGGUAUAUUCUCCCCUAAGUGUGCACUUUGCUUUCCCAUUAGUGUGACGGGAAUUAUGCAUCUGCAUCAAAACCAUAAAGUUCUAAUAACACAUCUGAGAAGGUGCCCCUUGACCACAAGCUAAAGCAGAUGCUCUUCCACAUAAUUGUAGGGGUGAAGACCAAAGAAAUAUAGCAUGAGUUGCAAGUGAAAUGCCAAAAUUGUGACGUACACAUAGCAUGGCAUUGCAGAUCAUGGUAUAAGCUUUUUUGCAUACAUAUAUUUUACAUUUUGUUUAAAAGUGUGUUUAACUAGAAAGAUAAAUAUUGUACUUAAAUUUAAAAUACACUUGCACUUUUUUUUGGUUUCAGGAUAUACUUAAAGCUAGUAAAACAAUGAUAUUCAGAUGGAGAAGAAGGAAGGUUGCCAGGCAGCUUAAUUUCUCUUUGGAGUCUCACUACCAGAACAUUCCUGUUCACAGUUGGUUUCCAUUUCUACAAAAUAUUAGAUUUGAGGUUCAUGGCAAUUCAAAGAGCUGCCUUUAAAACGAAGGAUUUUAUGCAUAAAAAUGCAGGGUCUGGUUCCCCUCUCUUACACUGGGGUAGAUCAGCAGUAAUUCCCAAGUAGUCAAAGUUGAACUAGUGUAAAUUUGGCUCAAGUGAAAGGAGAAUCUUGCCUGUAGUGUCAGAACAAUACCUAUACUUGAACUCAGCACUUCACCUCUUACAUUACUCUGAAGUGUAGUUCAGUUUUUGUGAGUUGUCAUUGUAAUAAUUGUGCUUACAAGUAUUCUGUCCUUUCCAAAAAGAGACUAGUCUAAACAUGAAUUUGAUAUUCCAACCACAGAAAUAGAUGCAGAUGUAGCCAGCUAGCUCCUCCUUCAUUAGCAGUGCAGAAGGACAUUAAGUUCCAUACCUCCCAAUCAUACCAGCAUCCUCAGACCAUACUACAAUACAAUUGGCAUCAACACUUGCAAAAUAUAGAGUUCAGUGAGAAGUAUGGUAUUUCAGCUUUUCAUAGGACAAAAACAGUUGGUAAUUCUGACUAGCGGACAGUAAAACAAGAAUUCUUUGUUCCUCUAUUGCUGUAAGAAAUGUCCACAUGUUUUUUCAUAUGAUAUAUAAUAUAGGGAAACAUUAUAUAUUAUGUAAAAUAUACCAGUGAAAGGGUGCUUUAUGUUUGGAUGGGCACAGUGGACAUCUGAGAGAGCAUCUGAGGUUGUUCUUAAUUGAUUAUCAUUGUAGCUAUUUGAUUUAUAAUAUACUGAUUGUAACCGUUUCAAAGAGAAGUCUUUCUGUAUCCACCAGUUCACUACAGUUGGGUUACCUCUGCUCUCCAGUAUGAGCUGACUAAUAUCCCAGAAUUCCCCUACAAAAACUUUGGCGUUAGUUUGAGAAUGGGGCUCUAAGCAGUACCGUAUGAAUGUCUGCAAGACUGGUAGUGUUCAGAUUUGGCUAGUUUGUCCUUCACGUUCUUUCCUUUUUCAUUGAAUAAUACAGCACUUGCGUUUUGUCUCUAGAAGACUUCUUACUUAGCUGGUAGGAGCUUCAUGCUUGGAUGAUUGGUCAUUAUGGUCAUUCUGAUUCAUGGCAGGAAUUAAAACUUCCAGCAGAUUUUCCCUCAGCAUCCACUGAGCUAAAUAAGAGUGAUUACUGAUUGCACCUUCAACUGUUUAAAAUGCUUAUUACAGAUUCAAGUUUGAGCCAGGAGGCAUAGAAAAUAAUUGAGGGUCCAAAAACAUGAAGCUCUUGCCACCCUACACUGCAUUUUCCUCUUUAGAAACGUCAACAAACCUUGAUAAAACUGAACAGUAAAUUGAGUUGACUGUAUGUAUUUCUCUUCAGUCUAUUUGAAGGGAUGAUGAACUUCUCAUUAGGCAGCUGAUGUCAGAAUAAAUGUUCUCAUAUUUUCAACUGGGUCUGAAUUCCCAGCCUUUAGUGUAUUGCUCAUGUAAUUUUACUAACACUUAAAAAGGAAACUUCCUAGGAUUUUUGAACUUCUCUAGCUCACCAAAAAAGAGAAAUGUAUCAUAGAGGAAACUAUUUUUCAAUGUGAGCCUUUCUCCUUACUGAGGUCUCUUGGUCUAAUUUUGUUGUAUUAUAUAUAUAUUCUGUAGAUUGACUAAGGAUAAAGCAGAUAACUUAAAGAGUAAGCUUUCUUUUCCUCAGCAGUCUGUUUUGCCUUAUGAUAGUGUACUAAUGUGAACAUAAAAGAAAUGAAUUUUCAAAAAGAUAAUUAAGGUGGUUUGUUCAUCUCAGGCUGCCUCAGUUUGCCUGUGAGUUUGUAGGAUUUAGUUGGCUCUUGGAAACGGAAAUAUAGGCUCUUUAAUUGCAUCUUAAUUAAAAUUAUAUUCUGUACCUGGCUAUAAAAUAUCCUCACAGACUGUCAUUAAAAUUUGCUUGACUAGAUGCCCAGUCUUGUUGCCAAUCUUGAUCGUGGUGAUGAUGAAAGAAUUACAGGAGUUAUGUUUUAUUUUCAUUUCAGACAAAAAAAGUGAGCCAUUCUGGGCAAAUGGGAUUUUCUCUGUCUGAGCAAUAGGCAAUGCUGAUUGCUUGAGAAGAUAACACUCCCUGCUCCGGUAAGGUCCGCCUACGUCCUUGGUAAACCUUCCCAGUAACAGAGCUCAGGACCAACUUCAGACUCUGAUUUCUUGUGUCAAAUCAGACUUAGGUGUACGAUCUGAACAUAUGGGGUGUCUAUACACAUGCUCUGGGGUGGAGGAGGGGCCUUUUAAUUAGAGAGGCUCCUGGACAGUUGCUGUAAUUCAAGUGCCGCAGCGUCACAGGUAUUCAGCGUCCUGCGCUUCAAAACAGGGGUCUUUAACUAAAGUUCAUUCAUCAAGUUCUAGUUAAAGUGCCUCUGCCACCAUUUUGAAAUGCAAGAUAGUGAAUAUGUGACGCUGCAGCACGUGGUAGCAUUCUCAUUAGGACACGCCAGCAGCCUCGAUUAAUCUAACUGGAACAUGUCAGAGCAUGUGUAUAUGCACCCAUGGGUGCUAAUGUCACUGCACUGCAAUGCCUGUUUACAAACUACUACAUUUCCAGAACUAAGCUUAGGCGGGCCUCACAUUUCUAUACUUGCAAUUUGUCUUCAGAUAAUUUUAGAUUUCUUGUCUUUCUCUCCGUCAGGCAGGUUUCCUGGAGCAAAGGUAGGUUACAAGUUGAUGUUCUGGAUCAGUACUAUUGAAGAUGCUUGAAGCAUCACUACAAUUUGUGCCAGUUGGGUGUCUGCGGAGGAUCAAUCCAAGGUAGUUUAGAAAGUCACAAAAUAAAGAUCAGAUUUUUAUUUUCCUCAGAAAUCUUUAUAAGCAUUAUUUUAAUUUUCUGCUAGUUUUAGCCAUAAAAAACUUGCCAUUUACCCUAAGUAAUUUGCAGUGUUUUAGACCUUCCUUGUUGUAGGGUUACUGUGGUUAUGUUAAUGGUGGAUAUAUUGUUGUCAUCUCUGGCCUUACCUAAGACAGAAUGGGCAUGCUUUUAAGAGUGACUACCAGCCAGAAAGUGCUUUGGGUUCCUAUUCAAGUUACAGUUGUUCAGGUUCUUAAAAGAUCAUGUGACUGAGGCAAACUUUGAACUUAUGUACAUCCCAUUGAUUAUAUAAAUAUUGUAACUGUGCUUAUUAGAGUAGAGCUGUAAUAAUAUUUUGAAUCCAAAUUGGAUGGUCCCAGAAGGAAUAUUUUGAAAAGCCAUAACAAUGCAUCACAAAGUUUGUGGGGAUUGUGAAAAUCUAAUUUCUUCUGUGUCAAUUGAUGUACAGUAUACAUCAAAAAUGGGACCACUUGGUACACUUCGCAGCUUUGCUGCUGUACAGUUCAUGUAAAUAGGCCCAGCAAAACGUUAAGGCACAGGAGAUAUUAAGGGUAAAGUACCCCAUUAACCAUUUAUAAAUCUCCUUCAAAUCAGGUUACUAUUCUUGGAACAGGUGCCUUUCCUCUUCCAGCGUGUCCCUAUUUGUGUCAUAAUGUUGAUUGCUUCAUAAACUGGGAUUUGUAGUAAAUAAGGAGAAAAGCCAUUUAACUUCUUUCAAGCCUUUCUUAUAUUUUGGAAGCAAUUUGAAUAAACACUUUUAAUACAACAUAGCCUGGAUGUUUCUAAGAGAAGCUAGUUCCCUUUUUUUUUCUUUCUAGUGCCAAAAAAGUAAUGGCGCAUCUUGCCAAAGGCACUUCAGCCUGGCGAUGACCUGCAAAGUUCUGAUUCAGAUGCUAUGAGAGAACUGCAGGUGUUUUCACUCUUUAUUUAGGACCCAAAAUGACAGGAAGAAUUGUAAGUAAAGUGCUGAUUUAAAAAAAUUAGUCAAAGGGGAAUAUCUACUUUUGUUUGGGAAGACUAUCUCUUGGUAGAAAAUCUUUUGCCCCAGUGGCCUCCUUUAAACGGGUACUGUGUGAAAUAGCAGAGGCAAGACUGAUAGAGUAAGUUAUCAUUUAUCUGUUGUUGAAUGGCUCUUGUUCAUUAGUAAGGGUAUCCUUGUGUUUGUUCAGUUAGUUGGAGCAAGGGGGCUCUUUGAAACAAUGACAAAAUGUGGGAUGCGCAAGAUUUGUUUUAAAAUCAACCCUCUCUGUACAGUGUCGGUUUGGAUGCUCUCCCUCCAUUAAAUCAAUGUACUGUGUUGCUGCUUUCCAAUCAUUCUGUAAAAUGUAAAUCAAAAUAUACAGCCAGAUAAAUAAGACUUUGUGUCUUGGCCCACUGGACUUGACCAUAGGGUUGAUAGCGUAAAGGCUAAGAGAUGAGGGACAUGGUUUAUGGACCUCUCCUGUCCUCUCUAAUAGUCGAUCUACCUCCUCUCUCUCAUGAAGUGGUCAAGGUUCACUUUGUUUGCCCUCAGUUUAUCACUGACUUCCCAUUCUACAACUUUUCCAAGAGAAGACCUCUAAAGGAUUCCAUCUUAUACUUUUUUAGGACAGGAGAAUUAGGUGCUAUUAAGAGCCUAGUCAGAAUUUCUACAGGCCUUCAUCUGGAUGUGCUUCUAAAUCAGCUCAGUUUCCCUCAGAAUCUUGCCAUCCUUUGCACUGCUUUGCAGUCUUCCCAUUGUAUUCUCCAUUUAUUUCCUUAUAGUUUUCAAAUAUUGAAGUUGCCUUGUUCUUUGCUAUUGCUCUAGUGCUGAUUAUCAGGGAGACAGAGGCCUUAUCUAUUACUCCACCCUGUGUGCUGUUCUACUCAGAGACAGCUAUCCUUAGACUUGCUCAGGAUUUUCUUCAUUCUAAAUUUUUCAUUCCAUCCAAGGGAGAGAUCUUACCUCCUUUUGCCCCUCCCCUUUCCCCACAAUCAUUCUCUAUGACGUUUUUGUUUGAAUUUUAUUCUAGAAGCAGCGCAGUUUUUACAGGGAAUUGUUCCUUGUCUAGUUUGAGGAAAGCCUCAGCAAUGUAGUGUACAGGCCUGGGAAUGGUAGGUCACAGUAACAGAUUCCAUGCAAUUUCUGGUUAGAACAAGCUAAAGCAUAUCCACAAUAUGGAAAAUAUAAAUUUCUGCAAAUCUCUGGUUGUAUAUGAAGCCCUUGGUAUGAGCUUUUGGAAUAUAAGUUGGGUAGCAGAGAGAGUUGAUUGCCGUUUAGUACAAAGCUAAAGCAUAGGCUGUAUUCAGAUUGCUAUGUCCCCCACAGCAGUUUUUUUCUUUUGCUUGUUUUUUGAUAGUGCAUAUUGUUCAUUAGUAAGGGUAUCCUGGUGUUUUCAUCAUAUUGGAGGAUACGUCUGAUCCAAAGGAGUAAUUUCUGACCUAUAAAUUUGGAUAAUGUGGAACAGAGAUAAUGAACUAAAAUCCUCCCUGAAAGUGUAAUUGUAUAGAAUAAUCCAUUGAAAGUUUUUUUUCAAUUCUGUUUAAUCUAUUAGGCAAAUCAUUCAAGACUGCUUAGAUCUCCACUGUCAAACAAUGAAUUAUGUGGUUAAAAAGGAGAAGGGAAGGAGAAAAGAUCUGGGUUUGGAGACCUUGAUAGUGUUUUCCCUUUUGCCAGAGCUGGCUAUACCAAAAGUAACAGAUUGUGGAGGUAGUUUUCCAAACUUCCAAAUUUAUUGGUAAAAAAUUACCCAAUUUCAUUAGCUGCUCUUAGAAAUUCUAAAAUGCACAACAUUUUAAACCUACCAUGCUUUCUAUUGUGGAAGGGAUGUGAUGUGAUGUUAACCUGUUUAAUCCUUGAAUACAUUGAUUUUAAAAUGUGUUGAAUAUUUACAGAAUUCUUCACACAAGUUAAUAAACCAUUUGUAAAGUGUUUAUAUACUAUUCUUUGUAUCAUGUUGUUGGUACACCUUAUCAACUUUUUUUCGGGCAUGUAUUCCAUUCUUAACUUCUGUACAAUUUCUAUUGUUGCUGUAAAUAUAAAAGAGAAAAAAAAUCCUGUGGUAACCUUAAUUAUCAGCAUGGAAAUGGUUAAUUUUUACUGAGCACAAUGUAUUUUUGAAUGGGCCUUCCAAAAUAUGUCUUUAAUAAAAUGCAGGUUUUGCACUAGAAAA